GUUUGGCGUACGGACCGCAGAGCGGAGCAGCGCUGCUGAGGUCAAGUCCCACUCACACACAGACCUUCAGGACACACGUCGGGCUCGUGGAGGAGCAGCUUUAACGUCACACAGUCAUGGUGAAGAAAAAGCAAGUCCGGCUCAUUGCCGAAAUGGCUCGGAAGAUCCGGGCGUACAGAGAGCUCAAGUCCCGGCCGCGGGACUCCCAGAAGUACGCCCUGGACUACGACACCAUGAAGCGUCCUCUCACAGGGAAGAUGCUGCCCGUGCUGGCCUGGGCAGAUGUCCGAAAGGAGAGCCGCCUGUUCUCCAUCCUUGCGUCCAUGAGGAUGUUUGGAGUCGGGCGCCUCUUCACCCGGAAGUCCUGGUUGGAGGACCACACUGAGCCAAGCUACUGGCAGAUCACCAAGGUCAAGGUGGACUACACAGCUGAGAACAUGGAUCAUGGAAAGGCCUGGGGGAUCCUCACCAGCAAAGGGAAACAGGAGAGCGAUGUCAAGGAGGUGGAGAAGGUGAUGUACCACGACUGGCGCCUGAUUCCCAAACACGAAGAGCAGCAGUUCACAGACUUUGAGCCGCUCCCUGAGCCGCCGGUGCGCUACGUCCCCUACCCCCCCCUGCUCCGCGCCAUGCUGCUGGCCCAGCACAAGAAAGCAACAGGCCGCGUGCUGACAGAAGAGCCCAUCUUACCUCUGAAGAGGGACGUCCGGCUCAACAAAGACUAUUUCCGCAGUCAGGAGCAAGCGAGGCAGAGCAAAGAGGGGACCGAGGUGUGAGACUCCUGCUCGAUUGUGGUCCACUAAUCUUGGACAUUUUGGACCAAAUCAGUGCUGACAGACGCGUUGAACUUCUUCUGUCCAAGAACACUGGUAGCCUUCAGCGCAAAGUCCUGAUAAGUCCUGGUCUCAAACAAAUUCUAUGCCUAAUUUCAUCAGGAGCUGGUUUCUCUGUGUGUCAUGUGUAUGUGUGAGAUGUGUUAAUAAAUC